CCGGGAGCGGGGGCGGACUGGCCCGUGCCGCUCUGCGCGGUGCUGCUGUGCCUUGGGGCCGCGCGCUGCCAGCCAGUUCUUGAAUGUUAUCCUGGCGGACAUCAGAUCCUUCAGAGCCCUUACCGAAGUGUUGAUUUUGAUUCAUCACAGCUUCAGCAAUCAGCUAUACAGGAUUUAAUAUGUGAUCAUUCACUAACAUCAGGAUGGUACCGCUUUCUAUUAUUUGAUAAGCCAGCUGAGAUGCCAACCAAGUGCGUAGAGAUGAACCACUGUGGAACUCAAGCUCCUGUUUGGUUAUCUCUGAGGGAGUCAGAAUCCAUGCCUCAGCCUGGUGAGAUCAAACAAUUAACAGCUUGUGCAACAUGGCAGUUUUUCUUCAGUGCCACAAAAGAUUGCUGUCUUUUCCGAAUCCCUGUAAGCGUGAGGAACUGUGGCAAUUUCUUCAUCUACUUACUACAGCCUACCCAGGGGUGCAUGGGGUACUGUGCAGAAGUUGUUGCAGAUACAAAGCCACAGCUGUGUGAUCCUGGUAAAAUGGAAAAGCAUGGCAUCUGUAACAGCAAACUACCUCCUUCAUCCUCCCCAUCUCUUCCACCACUACCUCCAGCUACCCCUGAAGUUGUGGCAGAGACCGUGGAAGCCACUAUUUACUUAAGGUGCAACUUUGACUUUCCUCUUGCAAACAGUUCAGUGGGGUUUAUUGUUGCUUGGUCCAGGCUUUCUUCUACAGGCCUUAAGGAGGAAUUGAAACAAGAAACAACAGUUCAGACAUUUUCACUUUUAGAACUGGAUGGCAUAAACCUCAGACUUGGAGACAAGAUCUAUUGUAGCAGUUCUGCUUUUUUCUUGGAGAAACCAGAUGUACAAAGCUCAUCUGUUGAGAGCAAGGAAUUUUUUGCUGGCAUAAAGAUGCAGCCUGAGGCACUUGAAAUAUCAGAAGAUGGGAAGGAAUACAAAUUAACAAUAGAAAGUACAGUUCCUAUUCCAUGUCCUCAAUUUAGCCAACUUGAAAAUGACUGCAAAAUCUCAUUAAAAUUAAAAACUAUUGAGCAAGGUAAAGAGCUGCAAGGCUUGAACUUGAUGCUUUCUUCUUGUCAUGUGGAUCUUCUCCAGAAACCCUGCCAUAACAGAACCUGUAGCCAAGCUGUAAUUUAUUUUACUGCUGUGACAGAUUUUGUGCAAGAUGGAGACAUACUUACCCAGAUUGUGGUGGAACCUGUAUCUAGUGACAAUUUCCUGUGGAGCGGGUACACCCCUGAAAGCAUACAGAUCAUGGUAAAGGAUCUGCCCUCUGCUUACUGCUACUCAUUUACUGACCCACACAUAGUUACAUUUGAUGGAAGACAGUAUGAUAAUUUUAAAACAGGAACAUUUGUGCUCUAUAAGAGUACAUCUCGGGAUUUUGAAGUUCAUGUGCGCCAGUGGGACUGUGGAAGCCUUCACUACCCAGCAUCAUGUAAUUGUGGUUUUGUUGCCAGAGAAGAAAGUGACAUAAUUGCAUUUGACAUGUGCAAUGGUCAGCUACAUGAGUCUCAGCCACAUUUAUCUGUAAAAAGUAGAGACAAAAGAAGAAGAAAUGUCAGGAUCACAGAAUCCUAUCUAGGAAGAAAAGUCACGAUCUCAUUUUCUUCUGGAGCUUUCAUUCGGGCUGAUGUGAGUGAAUGGGGAAUGAGCAUGACUCUCAGGGCACCCAGUUCAGACUAUAAAUAUACCAUGGGGCUUUGUGGCAUAUUUGAUGGAUAUGCAGAGAAUGACUAUCACACUCGGAAUGGGAUGGAAAUCAAAAAGGACUCUAAUGCUCAUCUUACCUUUAUUAAUGAAUGGAGAAUUCCACCAGGGGACAGUUUUUUUGACAAAAUACCGGCUCUUUUAACUUCAUCCAAAAAAAUACCUUUCUGUAGUUGUACAGUUGAUGAUAGUGAUUUAUAUCAAUCAGUGAAUAGGUUGAAUUCUGUUUCUCAAGCAGAAUUUGCUUCAUCUUGCAAAGAAAAUGAAAAUGUCAGGUUUCCCUCUUUGAUACCAGGACUGGAUGUCACUACUGAGUAUGUUGGCCCUGCUGAUCUUCUCAGGGACUUAAGCAGACAUACAUUUGCACAUGAAAAAGCUUCUUCGGAACUUCUGUUAGGAGAGGACCAAUUUCAAACCAAAUUUCAGAUAGCACCUAUAGCAGAAGAAGUUGUCUCUACAAAUGUAAAGGGAGACAUUGAAAUGGAAAAACAAGGAGUAUUGAGCUUGGAAACUCAAAGACACACACAGGCAUUUAGCGGCCAAGUCUACGACAGACAGCCUCUUGAAAGUAGAUGGAAGCGCCAGCAUUAUUAUGAAUACCUUCCAGUAUUCCCAUACCAGAGUCUUAGCCAAACAGAUGUAGAAGGUUUUAGCUAUUUUUUUCCAGAAGAUCACACAACUAACAUGCACCAGCAUUUUUUGCCUUCUUGGCCCACACCUUCUGGCCUCACUGAAUCCAGUGCUUUGGAGUUGUGCCAGCAAACAAUAGCUAACUCCAGCAUAGGAAGAUCUUGUGCUGCUCUUCUUGACAGGAGGAUAGAAGAUACAGUAGAUAUGUGUGUAAAAGAUUUAUUGCUGAAGGAUGAUCUCAGCUGGGCAGAAGCAGGUGUGGCCUUGUUAGAAAACGAAUGUGAAAAGAGAAUUUUGGAAGAAAUAAAUUACAACACACAAGAAUUUCAGGAGUCAGUUGAGGACCUUCUUUUAGCAUUAAAAUGCCCCAAUCUCUGCAGCGGUAAUGGAGAAUGUGUAGAAUGGGGCUGUGCAUGUUUCCAAGGCUUUAGCUCCUAUGAUUGCAGCUUUCUGUCUGAUCAGAUUCCAGAAAUCACAGAGCUGGAGAAUGAUGGAUUGUGUGACAUUCGACAGUAUGACUGCACAUCAGUGAGAGCUUUCGGUCAGAGAUUCAGAGAGUCAACAAGUCUGAAAUGUGAAAUUAUCAAAUUGCAGUACAGCCAUAGCAAAUGGAUCUUUGGAGAGCCUGUAUUUAUGCCAGCUGCCUUCCAAAACACGGGGACUGUUGAUUGCCAACUACCAACUGAUGGUCAGCGAUCUGAUGUCAUGGAUGAUCUGGUUGAUGAGAAACCUAUUGCAAGGUGGCAGAUUAAGAUUUCUAAUGAUGGAUUCACUUAUAGCAACCCCAAAAUAAUGACAUUAUUUGAUGGAGCUUGUCAAAUAUGUGACCUGAGGACAGAUGGGUUAUGUACAUUAAAGGAAAAAAUAUGCAACAUAGAUGGACUUUGUUUUGGAGAAGGAGAUACAAAUCCUACCAGCCCCUGCUUACUCUGCAGACCUGACAUUUCAAAGUUAACUUGGUCAGUUGCUGAAAACAACCAGCCUCCUCAACUUCAAACUAUGCAAGGUAUGCUGCAAACUUUUUACGGGGAGAAUUUUGUGUACCAGUUUUUGGCUUCAGAUCCAGAAGGUUCUGCUGUCCUUUUCACAUUGGAUUCUGGCCCUGAUGGUGCCAACCUAUCCCCCUCGGGACUCCUUAUCUGGAAAGUUGCAGCAAAGAGUCCACAGAAAUUUACGCUUGCUUUGACAGAUGACUGCAAUGCUAAGACUAAAGUAAUAAUAGAGGUCAAUGUGAAAUCAUGCGAUUGCUUAAAUGAUGGUUCAUGUGUAACAAACAUUAAUUUCCCACCUGGAAGUGGGAAAUAUGUGUGCGUGUGUCUGCCUGGGUUCGAAGGUGAUCUGUGCCAAGUGAACAUUGAUGACUGUAAAUCUAAUCCAUGUGGUAUUGGGAGAUGUGUUGAUGGAAUAAACAGCUAUCACUGUGAAUGCACACCUGAGCUACAGGGUAGAAACUGCCAAGAAGAUGCGGAUGAAUGUGCAUCCAACCCUUGUUUCCCUGGAGUAUUUUGCUACAAUACCUUUGGUUCCUUUAAUUGUGGUCCAUGCCCAAAAGGUCUACAAGGAGAUGGGAAGACAUGUUAUGAGGGCUUUGAAGACAUUUAUAGUGAAAGAAAGGAUGACAAUGAAGAAACUGGAAGGAGUGAAGGUGAAGAGUAUAUAUUUCAUGAAGAAAACAGAAUUUCUAACAAACAUGCUGAUGAGAACAUAACUGGUUUUCAACUGUUGUCCAUCGGCAGAGUUCCUAAUGCCACAAGCAAUAUACCUGGUCCCACUGGUAGUCCCAAAAGCUAUAUUGCUAUGGAAAUAAACAGUAGCACCCCAUCAGCUUCCACAGUAAAAACAAAACCAACCUGGGAAUCAUUUAAUACUCAAAGAACUACUUUUGAGCAAUCUGCUUCUGCCAGAAAUAUUGACCAUACCUUUAGUGGCAUUAAUGGUCACCUGGUUAGCAUAGAAGAAAGCUCUUCAGCAAACACUGUGAUGAAUAAAUCUUCAAGAAACAAUCCUGUAUUACCUGAGAAGAGAACACAGACAGAAGCUGAAACCAGCCAUUUAGAUACUAGCAAAAACUCAUUGCUUAGGAACAAAAUAAAUGUCAGCAAUGUGACUUCUCUAGCAAGCAAAGUUUCAGAAAGAGAAAAUAGCCACAAAGUUGAACACUCAGCACUCAAGCAAAAGGAUAGUCGUUUACCAUCUGUUUUCACUGGAAUCACUAUCCCACCGAAAGUAUUUGACACAGAUCAGGAAUCAGAUGCAUUAACAAUGGCUAAAGUAUUAACUUGUGCUGAUUUACCCUGUUUUCCUGGGGUCCCUUGUAAAUCAAGCCAAAACGGAAGCUUCAGAUGUGGUCUCUGUCCUUAUGGAUAUUAUGGAGAUGGUGUCACUUGCAGAGCAAUAUGUAGGCACUCAUGUGGCAAAAACAUGGAGUGUGUGGCACCUAAUAUUUGCAAAUGCAAACCUGGUUACUCUGGUUACAGCUGUCAGACUGCUUUUUGUCGACCUGAUUGUAAAAACCGUGGAAAGUGCAUUAAACCAAAUAUUUGUGAAUGCCCACCGGGUUACAAUGGCUCAACCUGUGAUGAAGCACAUUGUAUCCCACCAUGUCAACAUGGAGGCACAUGCUUGGCCAGGAAUCUCUGCACCUGCCCUUAUGGCUUUGUAGGACCACGGUGUGAAACAAUGGUUUGCAACAGACACUGUGAAAAUGGUGGUGAAUGUCUUGCUCCAGAUACCUGCCAGUGUAAAGCUGGUUGGUAUGGACCAACUUGCAGUACAGCCAUGUGUAACCCAGUGUGCCUCAAUGGUGGCUCCUGUACUAAGCCAAGUGUUUGCCUCUGUCCAUAUGGAUUCUAUGGUCCCCAGUGUCAGAAUGCUAUCUGUAAUCCUCCAUGUAAGAAUGGCGGCCAUUGUAUAAGAAAUAAUGUUUGCACCUGUUUGGAUGGAUACACUGGCAGAAGAUGUGAAAAAAGUAUCUGUGACCCAGUUUGCAUGAAUGGAGGAAGAUGCGUAGGACCAAACAUUUGUUCUUGUCCCUCAGGGUGGAGAGGAAACGCAUGUAAUACACCCAUCUGUCUUCAGGAAUGUAAGAAUGGCGGGGAAUGUAUUGGACCAAGCACGUGUCAUUGCCCUCCACAGUGGGAAGGAGUUCAAUGUCAAACCCCUGUGUGCAGUCAGAAAUGCCUGUUUGGAGGCAGGUGUGUGCGACCUAACAUGUGUUCUUGUCGUCCUGGUUAUACUGGAGUCUUCUGUGGAAAGAAAAUGCAGGUACAAAAACAUCACAGUUGAAGGAAAUCAAAUACAUGAAUUCCAGGACCAUGCUGGAUGGACCAAGAGACUUAUGAAUUCAGAGAGAGUCUUUGAAAGCAAUAAUUAAGUUUAUUGAAAUAAAGGGAGCAAUGUGCUGUAG